AUGUCGACUGUAGGCAUGUCCCGAAAUACUCCAGAUGAAACGGUGGGGAAAGUGGCCUCGCUUUAUGCAGGCCCCGGGCACGCUUCAAAUUUCACCUCCACUGUCAAUGACUAUGUCAGCUAUCGAUUCGUUCUGAACCACAAAGUUCAGAUGAUAUCAAGCAACGGUAUUCCCGAUACCGAGUCAGUUGCAGGUCUCUUGUUCGUACCGAGCCUAGAGCCUGAAGAUCCAUGCAACAACAUUACAGCUUCGUUUGUACCAUCAAAUGUGACCCGUUAUGAGGAUGUGUCGGAGUUUGGAUACUCCCUUAUUGGUCUCGCUCCCUGGGUUACCGCCGAGUGCUCUUCAUCCUAUCUAAAUGCCGCACGGAAAGCCGGAUCGCAUGGGCUGAUCUUUUUCCAACCAUCACUCAAUGAGACCGACAUACCGCCUUCGUCAGAUGAUCCCAGGUGGUCAAUCAACGAUGGUAAUCAGUGGAGGAUGGAGAACAAUUACCCAGUUUAUGCCAUCCCGGGUGCAGCUGGAGCGACAUUAAUAAGUGACCUCUCUCACUUUUCGGACACGGGGUCAAAUAUCACCACCAAAGGCAACUCCAGCGAGGCAUUUGCUGUACAGCCUAAGAGCGAUCGAUUGUUUGCUAGAGUGGAUAUCGACACAUCCUCAUCUGGACAAAUGCCGAGUCUCUGGGCUUUUAUUCUCGCAAUUGCGGGUACGGUCCUGGUACUAAGUCUGCUGCUGGUCGUCAUCUACCGUCUUGUAUUACGGAAGAGAAGAGAUAUCCUCUUGAGACGUAUCAAUGACGGCCAAAUCGACAUCGAAGCUUUGACAAUGACUCCAAUGACGGCGCCUCGAGAGGUGGUUGACAAAAUGCCACUCUACACCUACCUCGAGAUCCACCCAGAAGAAGAAACAACAAUUACUCGACUGAAUACACCUGAUGACGACGUGACACUUGCUUCUGGCUAUAAUACCGCCCCGUCGUCUCCCAACGAACAUCACCAUCUGGGCGAUGCUGGACUCAAGAAACCGGAGCCAGUGUACAUCAAACCCGAGGAAGGUGAUACAGACGAGUCUCAAAAAGCCAAGUACAGACUGAGCCAUACUCAAACAACUUGUGCUAUCUGCAUCGAUGACUUUGUCGCGGGAUCGUCAUUGGUCCGUGAACUACCGUGUGGCCAUAUAUUUGACUCAGGAUGCAUUGAUCCAUUCCUUAUUGAGAACAGCUGUUUGUGUCCUCUAUGCAAGAAGAGUGUUUUACCCCCGGGAAGUUGUCAUAUUGCUGUGACCAAUGAAAUGGUUCAACGAGAGCAUUUUUCGAGGCGCUCCCGUCCCACACACAUCCCUCUGCCUUUAGUCGUUUUCUUCCUCGAACUUUUCGCGACAACGACAACCGACGACCUCGUAACCGUCCAGAUGGGUGCCCUCAAGUACGUGGAAGAAAUCCAAAAGAAGAAGCAGUCCGAUGUGAUUCGCUUCCUGCUGCGCGUCCGAUGCUGGGAGCUCCGCCAGCUGAACGCCAUCCACCGUGCCUCGCGCCCCUCCCGCCCCGACAAGGCCCGUCGUCUCGGUUACAAGGCCAAGCAGGGUUACGUUAUCUACCGUGCCCGUGUCCGCCGCGGUGGCCGCAAGCGCCCCGUCCCCAAGGGUGCCACUUACGGCAAGCCCACCAACCACGGAGUCAACCAGCUCAAGUACCAGCGUGCUCUCAAGUCCACCGCUGAGGAGCGUGUUGGCCGUCGCGCUGCUAACUUGCGUGUCCUGAACUCCUACUGGAUCAACCAGGACUCCACCUACAAGUACUUCGAGGUCAUCUGUGUCGACCCCCAGCACAAGGCCAUCCGUCGUGAUGCCCGCAUCAACUGGAUCUGCGCUCCCGUUCACAAGCACCGCGAGUCCCGUGGUCUCACCGCCACCGGCAAGAAGUCCCGUGGUAUCAACAAGGGUCACCGCUACAACAACACCAAGGCUGGUCGCCGCCACACCUGGAAGCGCCAGAACACCCAGAGCUACUGGCGUUACCGUUAAGUGCGGUAGUGCACUUCUGCAGCGAUUUGGGUUGGAAAAUGUUGGUCACAGCAUGUGGUUUUUUAUUCGAACACUUCUUUCCCAGACAGUGUCACCCACGCUAGGCUCAACUUUAAUGCAGACCUUCCGGAUCUGUUAGCCAAAAAGCCAUCUUGUUAAAUGUUCAAAUUCCCCUAUUAACGAAGUAUGACUGGUUCAACUCCGUG